AUGACAGUGAACAUCGAAACUCAGACCAAUGCAUCGGACGAAUCAUCAUUCCCGAUCGUUCAAAAUAUCCCAACUGAAGUGGUACGUGAGUUGAAUGGCGAGAAACUUCUGGACCGCACCACGUUUUUCACUGAGUUCUCGACGAACGCCUAUCUCGAGGAUUUUUACACAAAAGUCGACGACCCAGCCAUGCAGAUGGUCCUCACUUUUUUGCCCAACAUCGUGGCUCGUCUGGGUAAAGUCGGCAAGAUGCUUGACUUUGGUGCCGGACCGACAAUCCACGUGGCAGCGUGUUUCCGCGAGAUGGCGAACGAGAUCCACCUGGCCGACUAUUUGCCACAGAAUCGCGAUGAGUUGUAUCGAUGGGUGAACAAUGAGAGCAAGUUCGAUUGGUCUAUUCCACUUAAAAUGAUCUUGACAAGAGAGGGACAGAGUUGGGAUAAACUUCCGAACGUGGAGCAAGAGACCAGAGAUAAGAUCGUCGAUAUCUAUCACUGUGACGUGUUCAGCAACCCAUCUGUCGACUGUCCAAAAGAUAUUUUCGGGCAAUUUGAUGCUCUCGUUACCAUCUUCUGCGUCGAAUACUGCUGCAACACCCUAGCCGAAUAUUACUCGGCCAUCAAGAACAUUGCCACAGCUGUAAAGCCAGGAGGUUACAUGAUCUAUGGAGGGAUUUUCGAAGAGACCUGGUGCAGUUUUGGAGGACGAAAAUUCACUUGCCUCUACAUCACCAAAGAAAUCAUGCUGGAUGCUCUCGCGAAGGCUGGAUUCUAUGUCGACGAAUCUGACAGUGGAUGUGUCCUCUAUGAGAUCAAUGGAAUGUUCAUGGUUAGCGCCAAGAAGAAGUUGUAA